AUGUCGUCCUCAAAGCUGGCGACCGGCCUUUUCAGCCGUGCCACCCGUCGCCUGACAGCCAUUGAGCCCAUCCGCUCACAACAAAUCCUCCCUAGCCUCCGAGCCUCCACCCACUCGCAAUGCCGCGCCUACACUCAAGCGCAACGGCCCCGGUGCACACAGAACAUUCAGAGCAUGCUCGCCGCCCGCAAUAGCAACAACUUCUCGACCAGUGCAUUCCGAGCUCGUGCCAAGACCAUGGGCCAGAUGAAGCAGCGCAGUUCCACCGGUCCUUUCUCGUGGAAGGCGGCGUUGCUGUUCAUCAUCACGGGCGCCGGUAUGGUGAUUUAUUUCCGGGUGGAGAAGGCGCGCUUGGAGCGGAAACGCAUUGCGGAGAUGAGCAAGGGUGUUGGUAAGCCCAAGGUUGGCGGUCCGUUUGUCAUGAAGGACUUGGACGGCAAGGAGUUUACGGCCGAGGAUCUGAAGGGAAAAUACAGCUUUGUCUACUUCGGUUUCACUCAUUGCCCUGAUAUCUGCCCCGACGAGCUGGAUAAGAUGGCUGAGAUCAUCGACAAGGUUAACGAGACCACUAAGGAUCCCAAGCUCUUCAUGCCUGUCUUCAUCACUUGUGACCCUGCCCGUGAUACUCCCGAGGUUCUGCGUGCCUACCUCCAGGAGUUCCACACCGGCAUUGUGGGCUUGACUGGUACCUACGAGCAGGUCAAGAACGUCUGCAAGCAGUACCGUGUGUACUUCAGUACUCCCCGAGACGCCAAGCCUGGCGAGGAUUACUUGGUUGAUCACAGCAUCUACUUCUACCUGAUGGAUCCUGAUAACGACUUCGUCGAGUGCAUUGGCCGACAGGAUACCGUCGAGUCCGCGUCUAAGGUUAUUCUGGAGCACAUCAACGACUGGAAGCGAGAGGGCCGACCAAUGAAGACCGAGUAA